UCUUCCGGUCCCCUCCCCAAUAUGUUUCCCAGGAUGGCGUAGACAAACUGCGUCACUCCUCCGGUGCGCAGACAUCAAAGUAAACGGCCUGCCUCCAGAGUUGUGCCAACCACCUCUGGGCGCUGACUCUCCGACUCAGGCCGGGGAUGGCUUCGCUUGGCGCGGGGCUACUUGGCAGCCGCAAGCGGACAGCGGGCAGGAGCGCGGCGGUAGAGAGGAGGAACCUGCUGACCGUGUGCCGGUUUUCCGUGAAGACUCUCCUGGACCGCUCCUGCUUAGAGAGCAUGGAUGACUCUUCGGCAGAGGUAUUAAACUUUGUGUCCAUCCUGGAACAUAUCCUCAACCAUCGACUUAAAGGUCAUACUUCUUGGUUUGGUUACGAGAGUCCUCAGAGUUUCUGGGAUUACGCCAAAGCGGCCUGUGCUAAAGUCCCUCAUAAUUGCAUUCGAAGCAUCGAGAGUAUGGAGAAUGUGCAAUCGUCCAAAGCCAAGGGUCGAGCGUGGAUCCGGGUGGUUCUGAUGGAGAAAAGAUUAUCAGAAUACAUCUCAUCUGCUCUGAGGGACUUAAAAACUACCAGGAGGUUUUACGAGGAAGGAGCGAUCAUGCUGGGAGAGGAGGCGGGGCUUCUAGCGGACACGCUCAUCGCACUCAACACCAUCGACUUCAGCUUCUGUCUGAAGGGAGAGGGUAUGGAUGGCGGGGGCCCCGCAGUGAUCGACUACAUGCCUUACUUGAAGUUUACUCAAAGCGCAGACAGCAUCAGCAGUGACGAAGAGGAGAUGCGCACGCUAGGUAGCAGUGGCAGCGAGAGCAGCACGCCAGACAAAAUAGCCACAGCCGCCUCCAUCUUCACCGAGCAGAGCAACUUGGUCAGCAAGUGCAAGCGCCUGGAGCAGAAAUAUCGCAUGGCGCUGGAGCAGAAGUCUUACCUUGAAGAGCUGGUUCGUCUGCGUGAGGCUCAGCUGGCCGAGGCCACAACGCAUCACAAAGCGCUUCAGCAGAGCCUGGUGGACACACACCUGUCACACUCGCUGGAGAAAGAACAACUAGAGUUCAUCAUUUUGGAACUGCAGGACCAACUGACAGUGUUGAAGAACAAUGACUUGCGCUCACGACGGGAGCUGACAGCCCACCUCACCAAUCAGUGGCCGUCGUCUGAGGCUUUGGACGCCAGCGCCGUUGCCUUGGACACGCUGCUGGUCAGGAAAAGCGCUGGACAGUGGAAUAACAAGAGCCUCCACAAUGUGCCUGCAGACAUGAGCCUAUCGCAGAUGACCCUUGAACCGGCACAUCAGUUCACGUUGGAGGCCAAAGCAGCUUGUACACACUGGCCGUACCAAGGAAACGAGCAGACGCCAUCUCUCAGGGGACUGUGCGGCUCUCUGACCUCCGUCAACAGUUUCAGGUCUCUGGCCAGCCUGAGGUCUAACGAGUGUUUGGCCAGUCCUGCUGCAGAGGUCAGCAGCCCGGGUUUCACCCCCACGUGAACAUUCAGUACCCCUCCUAAUGUGGUACUAUUUCACCUUUCUUCUAUGUGCGCUUUGACACACAUGUUUAAUUAAGGGUAGCCUUGUGCUCCACUCACUAUGUUUCUUUUACCUUGAAUCACAAGUUAAUGUGCCAACAAAACUGCAAGACUUCCAGGGUUUCAGGAUUUGUAUACAAGAGCAUCGUCAUACAAUACCUGCACUUUUUCCUACGUUCAUUGUGUUCUGCGAACAGAUCAUCUUUAGUUCUCAGGUGUAAAUGUUCGUUUUGUGUGUGGUUUUGCUUAACACAGUAUUUAGUUCUCAGGUGGUGACAACUAUGAUUAAUAUUCCAAAGCAAAUUGACAUGGUGACCGUGAUGAACGCCCUGCUUGCAGCUGGUCUGGCCUUCAGGCUGCGGAGCUCAACAACUUCACUGCUUGUUAGCAUUGUUAAAAUAAUUUGGCUUUUUAUUUGUCAUUUUGAAUAAAAUGUAAUUGCAAAAUAAGCAAGAUUUUGGAGAUUUAAACACAUAAAAAUACACACAAUGAGCGUUUUUUUAAAUCUUUUGCACUCAUUCACUGGCUUUAGUAGUUGGCACUGACCAGGGACGAUCACUUCUUACUAAGGAUAGACACGAUCCAUACAAUUAUGUGGAACAACUUCUUCAAUAAUAGUGUCUAUACUGUAGAUUCAGUCUGCUGUCUUAAGAAGCAGAACAUUAAGGCACCUAUUAGAGGUUGAGCAUGCAACGGAAGGCAAAGCUCUCAAUUUACCGGUCGAUCUACGUUCCCAUCCUCACCUAUGGUCAUGAGCUUUGGGUUAUGACCGAAAGGACAAGAUCACGGGUACAUGCGGCCGAAAUGAGUUUCCUCCGCCGGGUGGCGGGGCUCUCCCUUAGAGAUAGGGUGAGAAGGUCUGCCAUCCGGGGGGAGCUCAAAGUAAAGAUGCUGCUCCUCCACAUCGAGAGGAGCCAGAUGAGGUGGUUCGGGCAUCUGGUCAGGAUGCCACCCGAACGCCUCCCUAGGGAGGUGUUUAGGGCACGUCCGACAGGUAGGAGGCCACGGGGAAGACCCAGGACACGUUGGGAUGACUAUGUCUCCCGGCUGGCCUGGGAACGCCUCGGGAUCCCUCGGGAGGAGCUGGACGAAGUGGCUGGGGAGAGGGAAGUCUGGGCUUCCCUGCUUAAGAUGCUGCCCCCGCGACCCGACCUCGGAUAAGCGGAAGAAGAUGGAUAGAUGGAUGGAUGGGCAUUUGUUGUAAUCAUGUCUGGACCCAAUUAACAAGCAAGGGACGACGUGUAAAUAGGUAAAAUUAAAAAAAUUAAAAGUGUAUAAGCUGUGUUGUGUUUUGCGGCUCCAGACUAUUUUUCUUUGACAAGGAGGAGGCAAUAAAAUGCCUCGAUAGUAUAGGUUGCUGACCCCUGUCGUAGUGGAUGAAAGAAAUGUCCUCAUGUGUGUCCAGGAAGCACAUCGGGCAUAUAGCUCAUGAAUGAUGAACUAUACACAUAUUUGUUCAAUAAUGAAGCUAGUGGAACCAAUGUUCCCUCUAAGGUGCGCGCCUACGCACAGCAAAUUAAUGCCGCGCAGAAAAUCAAAAAUCCCAUCUGAACUCUAAACGAAAUAAACACAUAAUUUAUUCUGUACGAUUUUGCAAUGCAACUCUGUGAGUGACAGGUGACAACAAGAGUGGCCCCAAUGAAUAAAACAAUCUUUGUCCACACAGUUAAAUUAUCGUCUGUCGAGACACUUUACGGACAGGAAUUCCAUCAAUCACUUUAUUGAGCAAAAACCACACCAAAAACAUGAGUAAAAAAACUUUUAUCUAUAAAAACUGGUAAUUUUCUGCCAUACAAACCAGGCUUAAACCAACUUUGUCAUCCGUCAUAUCAACAGAAGCAGCUCGCUCUGUCUCACCUGCACCAACACACGCACUCAUGGCACUUAGCCAGUGCUGCGUUUAUGGCCACACAAAAAGUCGGACCACCCCAACGCCACACAUUGUGUAAAUGCCAGGUUGUAACACUCUGACUCCUCAAUCAGAUGUGUGCUUAUUUUACUGCCAUUUAUUAAGGAUGUUAAUCUAAGGAUAUUAUUCAUGAAAUGUUGUCACUAGAUUUCAUAAAUGCUAAUAAAAAGAUGUAUUUUACAGACAGUAAGUUACAGGAACUAAAUGUAAUCUCUGAAAGGGGUAACAUUUCUUUUAAAGGCAGGACCCGCAGCCAGACAUACAAUACUAGCACAUAGGUCAUGAAAAACAUGUUUUUUUUUGUUAUUGUCAUUGUAAGAGGGCAAAAUCACUUAUAUCAGAAAAUAAUUUUAAUAAAACAUUUAAAUUGUUAUGUCAGG